UAUGUGAAGGAUUUCUCGUCAUCGGUUGUCGCUUCUGUCCGUCCUGUCAGAGCACUCUGUUGAAUGCUACUUUGAGGGUCGUGACCGCAUGAAGUACGCUAAAGAGCAUAUUGGUGAUGAUCAAUAGUUUCCUAUUUGGACCAUUCUCGAAUACUUCUCAAGUUAGCCAAAUGCUUCAAGAUGUUCCAUUGAGGAACUCAAUAUAUGAGCGUGUAGAUUCUUCACUCCACAAAAUUCGUGAUACGUCGGAGGCUGUACAAACUUUUGCUGCUGAGUAUCUGAAAACUCCGCUUGGCGAGCCAAUGAAGGGCAGGAAGAACAAAACCUCCACUGGGCUAUGGGUGGAGAAGUCUUACAAGAAAACCACUAACUUGCCUGAACCUUUCUCACAUGAAUUAGUUGCUAGAUUGGAGAACUUAAAUGUAAGUCCUUCCUACUUUUACAGUACAUAUAACUUAGACUUAUGCAGUGUCCCGAACUGAUAUUCCUUAUAGUUCCAAAUCAGAUAUUUGGUCUUUGGGUAAGCAGUGUACAUUUGGAAAUUUUUUGGAAAAUUGAUGGCUAAAGGCCUGCUGUUCUUAGCGUAAUCAUCCCAAUUAUAAGCACUGCUUCUAUUUCUAAAGGCAUUGAAGCUUUUCUUGAUUAAUAUUCUUAUCUGCAAUAUGUAUUAUACUUAACAUAUUUUUGAUCCAAUAUUUCUCAUUGGCCUGCAUCUAAAUGAAACAGUUGGAGUAAUUAUUUUCAGAACCGUCAAUAUAUAUACAUUGAAUGGGAUGCCUUCUUGAGGUUCUUAACUGA